GAGCGGAAAAAAAGAUCAUGGAUAAUUCGUCGAUAGCCUUGCAAUAAUGACAGAUAACGGUUCAUAAGACCAGUCCAUCGAUUUAAGGAAGGAAUAAUAAAGAGAGAAAAUUAAGUUUUGGUAGACUUUGUUUGAUUAGAUAUUUAGCCAUUCAGUAAAGAGAUAAGAUACAAAUCAGAAGAAUGAUGGCCAGCUGUCCAUAAUGAAUACCUUCAUAUAACUUGGAACAAAAACUCUAAAAUCACAAGUUGACUGUAGCUGCUACAGUUUAAGCUAAAUAUGGGAAGUGCUUCGUCAAAGUUCCGCAAGUAUCUACAGAGUGAUAAUGAAGUGGCGGCACUGCAGCUGUAUCAGAAUAACAGCGAUCUCCGUAAGGCAUUAGAUCCAAAUUGUUCCUACGGUGAUUCACAUCAACAUGAGACUCCUCUACAUAUAUGUGCGCGGCACGGGAUGCGGUCAUUGCUCAGGAUAUUUCUAUAUGAAAAGGGAGGUAAUCCAAACAAAACUAAUGUUCAUAAAGAAACUGCUCUACAUUGUGUCUGCAUGGAGAAAAAUUCACAGUUCUACAAUGUACAGCGGCGACGUUUAGACUGUUUGGCGAUGGUAUUAAAAUGGAAGGGAGCUACGCUACAAGAUGAGGAAGUAGAAAAGAUCGAUAUAAAUGCUGUUGAUGAGAAACAGAACACAGCACUACAUUAUGCCGCAGCAUCAGGACUUAAAGCAUGUGUUGAGAUGCUAGUUCAGUAUGGUGGACCAUUAUUUUUAGAAAAUGCUGAGAAUCAAACACCAUGUGAUUGUGCUGAACAAAAUGGUCAUUCUGAAAUUGCUCUAUAUCUCGAAUCAAAGAUGGUAUUUUCUAAUGAUGGAGAAGCAGCCGAGGAAGAUGAAGAAUUAUUUAAUAUUCCUGUUGAGGAAUAUAGUGGUUUACGUGCUCAAGAUCUACAAGAGGCUAAAGAUCAACUUCUAGUAGAAACUGCAGACAUGCUCAGUGUACCAUUAUUUACAGCCGAAGCUUUGUUACGCAAUCAUGAGUGGUCCAGAGAGGCAUUGCUGGAAGCAUGGAUGACUAACCCUGUUGAUGUAUGCGAAAAGUCUGGGGUCAUGACCCCCACCAAUUUGUAUAGUGAUAUGCCUGAAGUACAAGAUCAAUUGAAUAGUCCACUACCAAGUCCUAGUAAAUCUAGCCCUACUAAUCCUGAUCCUAUUUGUGAUAUUUGUACGUGCUCAUAUACAUCAACAGAUGAAACUGUACAUACAUGUGUUGUUUGUGAUCAUCAUUUCUGUAAGGAAUGUUGGGAAAGAUAUCUAAAUCUGAAAAUACAAGAAGGAGAUGCUCAUCAUAUAACAUGUCCAGCUUAUGAUUGUAGUAAAUUAGUACCAUUAGAAACUAUAGAGAAAGUUGUCUCCCGUCCUAUGGCUAUCAAAUAUUUACAGUUUGAUAUACAGGCAUUUGUUGAAAGUAAUCCUGAUAUGAAAUGGUGUCCAUAUCCUGGUUGUGGUCGAGCUGUUAAACUACCAGAUCUUGAUGGUUCUGCGGCUACAAACGCAGGACAUCCUAGAAUACCCAGUGAUACUUCUAGAGGUGUUGAUUGUGGCAAUGAACAUUAUUUCUGCUGGGAAUGUUUAAAAGAAGCCCAUGAACCAUGUAGUUGUGAUAAUUGGGAUAAAUGGUAUAAUAAGGUAGCAGAAGUCAAGCCUGAACAAAUGUCUGGUACAGAAAUAGAAACAGAGAGUGCUGCUAAUUGUUUAUGGUUAGUGACUAAUUCCAAACCCUGUCCCAACUGUAAAUCACCUAUACAGAAAAAUGAAGGUUGUAAUCAUAUGAAAUGCUCAAAGUGUAAACAUGAUUUUUGUUGGGUAUGUCUAGAACAAUGGAAGAGACACAACUCGAGUACAGGUGGAUAUUUCAAAUGUAAUCGAUAUGAAGUGGUGAAAAAAGUUGAAGAAAAAACCUCACAAGUAUUAACAGAGGCGGAAGAAAAAAAUCUACGUAUGCAGGAAUUGAAUAGAUUUGUACAUUAUUAUACACGAUUUAAAAACCAUGAAAACAGUUUCAAACUGGAAGAACCUCUACUUAAAACAGCCCGUAAUAAAAUGAUGAAAUUAGCCGAGGCCGUUACUGAUCCUGCUACAGCUAAUGCAGAGACUAAAUUUGUAGAACAUGCCGUGCAUCAGUUGUUGAAGGCAAGACGUGUAUUAAAAUCAUCGUAUGUAUAUGGUUAUUAUCUAGAUGGACCAGGAUAUAAAAAGAUUGUUUUUGAAUUUAUGCAGACUGAAUUAGAAGAAUGCACGGAAAUCUUAUCACAGAUGGUCAACCGACUGUAUCUUAGAACACCACGGAAGAAGAUUAUUGAGCAAGCUCUGAUAGUACAGAGAAAGAGAUUAGAAUUUUUAAUCGCUAUAUCUAAAGGUCUAGUACCUCCAGAAACACCUCCAUCACUACGUAAAAAGCGUAGACGAAAAUACAGCAUGGAGUUAGAAGAUGAAGAUUUAAAGAAGGCCAUAAUGGCAUCUAUAAAAGAGGUUGAUCCGUCUAAUCCAUGGAUUAAAGAUGCAUCCGGUCGUCAUACCAACGUGAUGGCAUAUCUUGAUUGGCCAGCUGAAGAUUCGGAUGAUUCAGAAGCUGAUGUAGCUAUUACAUCAUUACGUAAAUGUUAUAAAUCAGGAUGUACCAGACCGAGAGCACCAAACCCUCGUACAGGAGAGAUACAUGAUUAUUGUAGUCCUAGUUGUCAACGUGCAGAUCAAGAACAACAGAUAGCUAAUGAACAAAAAGAAGAAAUACCUGAGGUUAUAUUAGAUGAACAUAUGGAUUUAUUGAGAGCAUUAGAGAUGUCAAGAUUACAGUAUCUACGUGAUACAGGUUUAUUAUACGUACCUACAGAGGGUGAUGACAGUGAACCAUCAACAAGUGGUAUAGCUACAGGAUCAAGUCCACAGAAAAUCAACUCGAGUCAACCAACUGCUGCUACAAGACCUAGAUCCAAUAGUCUAGGUUCGGCUUCUAAACCAAAUGAUUUGACUCCCAUGGAGAAACUUGAUAUAGAAUUACAAAGAGUCAUUGAAAUAUCUUCUACGAUACCCAAAGGUGUAGAAUCUGAGUCUAUAAAUAAACCUGAAGGUCAUAUAGCCAGCCAUCAUAGAAGGUGUAGCAGUAGUCGUUUUGAUGAAAAUAUGUCAACAAUAGUUCAACGAGUGCCAAAUAAAAGUGUGGAGGAUUUAUAUUCUAACGAUACUACAACAAACAGUGUUCAUCUGCCAUCAUGUACGUGUGAAAAAUGUCUCGAACAGUUGGGAGCUUGUGCAAGGGUCGAGGGUGAGGAGACGCGAAAUUCGUGGGCCGGAUCAUCAAAUACUUUUGGUAUUAUUAAAGAUUUAUCGGUGUCCAAUAUCCAUUCAGAUGAAGGCGACAAAAUGGUGCAUUUCACAUCAAAAGAUUUUGCUGCCAUCUUUAAUAAAGAUACCCAUCUCUUUCCCCAAACAUGUAAAAGUAAUCCCUCUUUGAGUGAAAUGUCUCCACCAGAAAGUAGUGCCUUUUUACUUCCCUCAACUUUAAGCGGGAAACCACGCGAAGCCUGGGUCCAGGAAUCCCCAUCUGAAACAACCAAUAAUGCUGAGAUUAGUUCUGAAGAAAGCAGCCAGACAGAAGAAUCCCAUGUGGACAAGGCUUGUAAGGCAGCCAUUUUGAGCUUGUCCAAACAUCCUGAAUUUGGCCUUGUUCUUGAACCAAUGGCUUUUUCGUCACCGAUUGAUAAAACUAACGGAAACACUUCAGACAAACAAGAAGACUACAGUGAAACGAGUGUGGCGUCAGAUAUAGGAAAUGACAACCAAUCUUUUACUAACUCAACAGCUCAUAGUGAUUCGGGACAUGUAUCCUUGUUAGAAAUGGCCGAAAAUCUUGUUCAGAUGACAGAAGAAAUGAACAUACAAAUUCAGGAAAUGAACGAACAGUUCAGCUCCACAAGCGAUGAGCAGCAAGUAACUGCUGAUGAUAACAAUAGUGCUAAUGACACUGGAAUAGAAAUUGUUGAAAACAAAACUUCUCGUGAAACUACAGAAUCAGAGGAUGAAGAAGAACCACAAUCAUUUUUUAUUUGAUGAUUAAAUCUAUUUAUAGUUCAAUGUUUUCAUUUUGUGUCCAUCAUCAUUGAUCAUCGUAAUGCUAAUUAGCUUCACAAUUUUACUCAUCACUUAAUUCUCAUAUGACAAUUCUGCCUCAUUGUCUCCUGCCUUUCGAAGAAAGCAAGGAUCUGUUAAAAUGGGUUUCGGCUGUCUGUCACAUGAAUAGAAUGUUGAUGUUGGUGUUAAUUAAGUAAAUGCCUUGAUGCAGUUCGAUGAUGAGCAUUUACUGAUUAGGCUAAACAGAGAUAAAAAAUAUGUCUGGUUGAUGCUUUGGGUUACGAUAGCUUUAUUUCUAAUUAAGUAAUAGUGGUGAAACUUGGUGUAUAGUUUUGUUACAUCAAAGCUUGACUAAGUUCAGUCGUGAACAUUUUCUGCUAACGCUAUAUUUAAGUUGGAUUGCUUGAAGCUUUACAGAAAGAUAAACAUACAAUUAAUGAGUGUCAUCUAUUUAUUUUGUGAUUGAGGCGGGGAACAUCAGCCUCACCAUUGGCUUGUUUGAUCUUCUUUCUUAAAAACAUUAUUGUCCAUCUACUAAUUUUGCCAGUCAGUGUCUCGUUGGCUUUCGCUGAGAAAUCUACCACUUUUAAAGUAGCUAAGUCUCUAACUCAAUAUCAUCCAAAAUCUUCGACAUUGAAAACACGAUUUAUUUGUCACUUUAAAUCAAAAUUGAUGUUUUGAUCUUACCGGGAAAAGAUAACCUUCUGAUAUCCAAUAUUUAAGACAAAAUAAACAUUUUAGAAUUAGUACACGAAUCGUGUACCAUAAUGCGUUUCAGCGCUAUUUGUAAUAAGGGACUCAAAAACGAGGCUAGGCAUAUUCCACAAGUCAUUUCAAACGGUGAUGCUAUAUUCUUAUCUGGAGAGCAUGCCCAAUAAAUACUAUCGGCGUAGACUGGAAAAACCAGAUGCUAGAGAUUAAAAUUCGAUUGAGAAUACUGGCGUAUUUCGCCAAACCUAACUGAUUAGAAAUUACAGUAAAAACAGAAACGAUUGAAUGUAAAUCAAUUUAUAUACAUUCAUAUUACAUUAUUGUAUGUGUUGCGACCCAUUUGUGUCAAUUUCUAGGUCCCAAAUAUUAGCGACUUAGCUCCUUUAAAUUGCAUGUCAGAGAACAUAAUUAACAUAAUUAAAAUUCAAUUACUUGAACCCAGUCAGAUAGUUGACUAAAAAAUGAUAAAUUGUGUUGAUUUACCAGAUGUUAUUACAUCACAAUAUAUUUUUAAUAGUAGAUCAUAAAAUGAUCCAUCAUUGUGUUCAACUGUGUAAUAUGAAUAUUCAUUUAUUACUCAGAUUGUAAUCUUUUGAUGAAAAGAUGAAAUCCAAAUGAACUUUAUAUCAGAUUUGUAUACGCCCACAUUUCAUAGAGGUAUACAUGUAUUGUUGUCAUUGUCUGUAAUUUGUUAUGAACAAUCUACUGGUCCGAGUUCUUGACAGAUUUUUUUAGAGUUAUCUUCCCAUUUAUGAUCAGACUUAUAGGAAAGCUUGUGAACUCAAUACAGGACAAAGUCAAUAUAGGACAAAGUUCUUGAUGAACCUGUGGCUCUGUGUAUUAGAGAAUUAGCAGACCAAAUUAUUUUUAAAAUUUUCAUAUAGUAAGUUUUAAACAAGUUAAAAAGAUUUCUCUUUUCAUUUAUUUGUGGGUUUUUUUUUUUGAACUUGUGAAUGUGAUGUAGGGCAAAGUUCUUGGUAGAAUUUUCUCAGUCUUGGACGGUAAAGGGUUGGGUGGGUGUGUUUUGGAGGGGGAGGGGGACGGGGAAUUGUCCACUGCUAACUAGCUAUUUCUACUAGUGGGCGUAU